UUUGUAUUGUGCCGCAGCUGCGUUUAUUUUGUAAAAUAAGAUUCAAACGUGACUCAGCCGGUCACUUAGGAGAGCGGACGGAUGAUAAUUGACCCUUUUUGUUCUAUCAUUACAUAAAAAGAAACUCAUUUGGCUUUCAGUGACAGUGACUGACUGAAUGGAGUAACCAGAGGACUAUAUUUGAAUAUCCCGCUCUGCCAGGCGAGUCCUCCGAGCUCCAACGAGGCGGAGAAUGAGAUUCACAACACUCUCCCGUCCAGCACAGGCAGUCUCGGCAGGUUCUGCUGGCACGGUUCACUGAAAGCGAACUAGCACUGGAACAACAUUAAAAGCAACUUCUUAAUACUAUAUACAGCUUUCAUUAACGCUAGGAGCCGAUACAGAAGAACAGUGUCGCCGAGUCUAGCAUUUAAUCCAGUUUCCCCUUUUUUUCACCCUGGAGAUGCGUCGCUUGGAGAACUAGUAGCGGACAGCGCCGCACAUCGAAGCCGGGAUGAGUGGGAGCUCCGCGGCGCCCUGCCGCUUCGCCCAUUACUUUGCUAUUUGUGGGAUAGACACGGAAACUGGACUGGAACCGGACGAAUUAGCAGCUUUGUACCAAUGGCUAGAAGCAGACCGCCAAGGCAGGGAUCCAGAUACUGCAGCCACAGGUGAAAACUUUGAGCAGAGCCCCCUGAAGAGGACGUUCAAGUCCAAAGUUUUGGCCCGCUACCCUCAGAACGUGGAGUGGAAUCCCUUCGAUCAGGAUGCUGUCAACAUGCUGUGUAUGCCUAAAGGCCUGUCGUUCAGGACGCAGGCAGACCAGCGUGAUCCACAGUUCCACUCCUUCAUCAUCACAAGGGAAGAUGGCUCUCGGACCUACGGCUUCGUUCACACCUUCUACGAGGAGGUGACCAGCCCACAGAUCUGCUCCGCCAUGCACACCCUCUACCAGAUGCACAACGCAGAGAGCACCCCUUCAUCCUCCUCCUCCUCCUCCAGCAUGGACUCCCUUGCCAGCAGUCUAGACGAGGCCGACUCCCCCACUUCCUCAUCUUCCUCCUCUCGCAGGGCGGGUGGCUACGACUCGUCGCGGGACACCCUCUACGUGUCCAAGGCCUUGUGUCUGAUCACGCCCAUGCCCUUCAUGCACGCCUGCCGGCGCUUCCUGUCUCAGCUGCACAGGGCUGUUACCGCAGACGUGGCCCCCCCGCUGCCACUGGAGAGCUACGUUCACAACAUCCUGUACGAGGUGCCGCUGCCCGCUCCGGGACGCUCGCUCAAGUUCCACGGCGUAUACGAGCCCAUCGUGUGCCAGAGGCCUGGGCUAGGGGAGCUGCAGCUGGCCGACUUCCCUCUCGCAGAGGCCUUUACUCUGCUCGGAGCGGAGAACCUUGUCCAGGUGUUCACCUGCACCCUGCUGGAGAUGCAGAUCCUUCUAUACUCACACGACUACCAGCGGUUGAUGACAGUGGCCGAGGGCAUCACCACCCUGCUGUUUCCCUUCCAGUGGCAGCAUGUCUACGUUCCCAUCCUGCCAGCCUCUCUCCUUCACUUCCUGGAUGCUCCUGUUCCCUACCUGAUGGGCCUGCAGUCAAAAGAGGGCACAGACCGCUCCAAACUGGAGCUUCCUCAGGAGGCCAACCUGUGUUUUGUAGACGUUGACAACCACUACAUCGAGCUUCCAGAGGACUUUCCACAGUUCCCCAAUAAGACCGAGUUAAUCCAGGAGCUCAGCGAGGUGCUGCUUAGCUUUGGCCUUUCUGCCAACACAGGGGCCCCACCACGGACCCGCACCAGUCCCGGCAGCACUCCCGGCAGCACCCCCUCCACCCCUGGUAGGGAGCGUAAGACUGUGGCUCUCCGGCAGCUGGAGGACGACGGCCGUAACGGAAACCUCGCAGUAGAGGAGCUGGCUGUGCUGGAGCUGCUGCAGGGAAACGCCACCCUGGAAAGACUGCAAGCGCUGACCAAACGCACCGGGGUGACAGUGGCCCGCGUGGACGCCCUGAGGGCCGGAGUCAAAGCUCAGGGCACAGAGGGGCAAGGAGGCCGGACAGCAGCUGAAGAGGAGGAGCUUAGGAACGCCAAGCUGAACGUCCAGCUGAGGGAGGUGUUCGCCAGCCGCUUCACCACCAUGUUUGCCGACUACGAAGCCUUUGUCAUCCAGAGCGCCCCGGACCUGGAGUCCUGGCUCACCAACAGGGAGCAGAUGCACAACUUCGACAAGGCCUCGUUCCUGUCUGACCAGCCAGAGCCCUACCUGCCCUUCCUCUCCCACUUCAUCGAGACACAGAUGUUUGCCACCUUCGUCGACAACAAGAUCAUGUCCCAGUGGGAGGAGAAGGAGCCGCUGCUCCGCGUCUUCGACGCUCGCAUCGACAAGGCCCGCCUCUACAACGUCCGCGCUCCCAGCCACCGAUCCUCCAGCUACCAGAGGUGCUCCAUCCUCAAGGAGUCAGCUCAGGCCAUUGAGCAGCGACUGAUGAAGAUCGACCACACCGCCAUACACCCACACCUGCUGGACAUGAAGAUCGGUCAGGGCAAAUACGCGCAGGGAUUCUUCCCCAAACUGCAGGCUGACGUGCUCAACGCGGGGCCGACCAAUAACAAGUGGUCUCAUAGGACGGCGACAGCUCAACGAAGGAAAGACCGUCACAGACAACAAACAGAGCAUCUGGCCCUCGACAACGACCUGAAAGAGCAGGUGGAGGGCUGUCUGGUCCUGCAGAACUCCAUGGCGUUUUGGGAGUGGGACAAAGCGUCCCCUCCGCCUAUCAAACCGCCUAAAAAAUCUGCUUCUGCGUCCUGCCUGAAAUACAUGCAGGAGGCCCGCAGCCUGGGGAAGAACCUUCGACAGCCCAAACUGUCUGAUCUGUCUCCCGCCGUCAUCGCCCAGACCAACUGGAAGUUUGUGGAGGGGCUGCUCAAGGAGUGUCGCAUGAAGACAAAGCGUAUGCUGGUGGAGAAGAUGGGCCGGGAGGCGGUGGAGCUGGGCCAUGGUGAGGCUAACAUCACGGGACUGGAGGAGAACACUCUGAUCGCCAGCCUGUGUGACCUGCUGGAGAGGAUCUGGAGCCAUGGGCUGCAGGUCAAACAGGGGAAGUCGGCCCUCUGGUCCCACCUUCUGCACUACCAAGCCCGAGAGGAGAAGCUGGAGCAGCAGCAGCAGGCAGAGUCGCCAGUGUCACAAGUUCCUGAGAGGAGGAAGUCUGACUGUUUCUUAGCGAUGCCGUCUCUACGUGUGUUUCUCAUACAGGAUAUGAGGCAUAUCCAGAGUAUGUCAGAGAUAAAGACAGAUGUGGGACGAGCGAGGGCCUGGAUCCGUCUGUCCCUCGAGAAGAAGCUGCUCUCUCAACACCUCAAACAGCUGCUGUCUCGACAAGCCUUAACUAAGAAGCUGUAUAAGCGCUAUGCCUUCCUGCGCUGUGAGGAGGAGAAGGAGCAGUUCCUCUUCCACCUGCUCUCUCUCAACGCUGUCGACUACUUCUGCUUCACCAGCGUCUUCACCACCAUCAUGAUCCCGUAUCGAGUCGUCAUUAUUCCCAUCAAGAAGCUGAGCAACGCCAUGACCACCUCCAACCCCUGGGUGUGUGUGUCAGGAGAGCUGGGAGACUCGGGCAUCAUGCAGAUCCCCAAGAAUGUCCUGGAGAUGACCUUUGAUUCUGCUUUCAGGCCUCACACGCACAUCUCCGCCUUGUUCAAGUGUCAGAACCUGGGGAAGCUGACCACGGUGCAGCUGGGUCAUGAUAACGCUGGCCUCCUGGCUAAAUGGCUGGUGGACUGUGUGAUGGUGCGCAAUGAGAUCACAGGACACACCUACAGGUUCCCAUGUGGCCGGUGGCUUGGUAAGGGCGUGGACGACGGCAGCUUGGAGAGGGUCCUGAUCGGUGAGCUGGUGGUGCCCAGCGGAGAGGAGGAUUCCGGGAGAGGCUGUCGUACACCCCCGCUGCAGCGCUCACCAUCCCAGACCAGACGCAUCAGCAUCACGUCACUGUCUGGAAGAGGAUACAAACCAACUUCAGCCCAAAUCCAAGAAGCCAUUGGGGAGUCUGUGAACAACAUCAUCAAACACUUCCACAAGCCAGAGAAAGAGAGAGGCAGCCUGACUGUCCUGCUGUGUGGAGAGAACAGUUUGGUGGCGGCUCUAGAACAGUUCUUCCAUCAUGGCUUCAAGUCAGCCCGGCUCUUCCAGAAGACUGUGUUUGUGUGGGACUUUGUGGAGAAGGCCGUUGCCUACAUGGAGUCAGCGGACCAGAUGGGAGACCUUCAGGAGACCGCGGAGCCCCUGGGGAUGACCUGUCAAUCACUCUGUCACUACGUCAACUCCAUCAACUCCACCCCCAGGAACAUCGGCAAGGAUGGGAAGUUCCAGCUGCUGGUCUGCCUCGGAGCCAGAGACCGCCUGCUGCCCCAGUGGCUCCCCCUGUUGGUGGAGUGUCCGCUGAUCUUGCGGAUGUACGAGGACACGGCCCUGCUCCGAGACCGCUCCACUGUCAGCACCCUCAUCGGGGUCCUGGAGACGAUCCAUGACUUCCCCAUCACACUGGAAGCCUCGCUGGUCAAAGGCAUCGACCUUUAGCCCCAGGAGAGACCACCGGGGCUGCCCCCCUCAGCUCUACAUUCUCCUCUAAAACUUCCCCCACCCUUCCAUUGGCUCUGGGGUUGGACAUGUGACCAGGGAAGGAGGAAGUGAGAGACAAGUAAUGAAAACUGAAGAGACAUUUGGUUACCAAAGCAAUGCUUUGUGUGGGAAGGCAAGGCUUUGGUUCAGGAUGCAGUAUUAUUACCCCCAAAGACCCUUUUUAAUUCAAUUACAACCAGUGCUUAAUCGUGUUUUAUUUCAUGAACUAUGCUGUAAAUCCCAAUUACUUGACAUUACUGUGUACACAUUUCUAGAACAUACUAUUCGUUUCAGGUUAAUUGCAUUUCAGGCAGCCAUUGCGUUCACUACGUACUAACGUAAAGCUUGCUGUAAGCCAGCAUAGUAUUUUAUAUAUUUCUUAGUAAGUUCAUGAAAAGACCCAAACCAACAAUGUGUUAGGCUCUCAGCUCCAAGCCCAUUUCCUACCAAAGAUGUACAUCUUUAAAAACAGCUUGCAAAUAUAUAGUUUAAGUAUUUUUUUUUAAAGCUCAGUAAUUUCCUAAAACAGCUUGUCACUGUAGUUUUAUCAAACAUGACUCAAACUAAAGGAAAUUAAUCCACAUUUGGUGCUCUGGUGAGUAUUUGUGGUACAGGUAAUGAAGGAACAUGUCACCCAGGGCAACAGUGUGGCUCACAGGUGUGUUUUAAUAUUUUUUGGACAACAAUGGAGCUCUAUGGCACAGAGAUAGAAGAUAUAUCAAAUACUUUAGUUAGUAGGAUCAAUCCAUUGUUGGGUUGGGUUUUUUCAUGGGGUUUGAUGACUACAAGGAAAAUAUAAAAUAUCAACAGACUUAUUCUUUAAAAUACACCAACGUGUAAUGCUAAUAUAAUUUAACAAAAAAAUAAGAACAAGCUUAUGUUUCAUAGUGAAAUGAACUGAAACAGUGGCUGCUUGGAGGGAAGAAAAUCAACCUAAAAAAUGUUAAGUAUGCUUGGAAAAUUGCUGACAGUAAUAUACAGUACACUGAUAUAUGGGGUGAAAUAUUGCAAUACCACUAGUGUGUUUCUUUGAGAUUUUAGUAGCAGCAGCUGCAGAUGUUUUCCUGUGUGCUAGCUGUGUAGCUUAGCCUGCUUUCGGUAGGUACAACUAGAUAAACUGGUAGAUUCCCUUUCCUCGCCUGCCGUCCUCACACUCUAGUUAGGAUUAGCAUUAGCUAGCAUGUCUAGGUGAUGAGACCUCAGGAAGAGACUGUGAGCGAUCAGUGACACACUGGAACGAGGGUUAUGAUGAAGAGGCUGAUGAAGUUCUGUUCUGCAUCUACUUACUUUCACACAGUGCAGUGUUAUGGAGUCACCACUUCUCCAUGCCUCUCUGUCUUUAAAUCUGCUGGACUCGUGUUGGCGUGGAACCUGUGGCUUCAUAGACAUUCCUACUGUGUGUGUGUGUGUGUGUGUGUGUGUGUGUGUGUGUGUGUGUGUGCGCGUGCGCGCGCGUGCGUGCGUGCGUAAAAUGUUAAACUAAAUAAACCAAAUUCAAAGUCCACGUACUAGCUUUCUCCGGAGCUUUCAACAACAUUGUGUAAAAAGAAUUAGUAAGUGGACCUUGAGUUAAGAUUAUUUUGUCAAAUUUCUAUUUCCAAGGUCAUAAAAGGAACUUUUACGCAAGCAAGCAAUAGUUCCUUUUUCUAAAUGAAUGUAGUAUCACUGGAAUAAAAAUGCUAACUGUAGAGAGUUUGGAGUGAAUCAGCCACUUGCAGUUUGGUCUACUUGUAAAAACACGUUGAGUGAAUCCUUCCAUUGAUCUAAUUUCAGUAUUAUAAUGCACAAAUCAUGUCACACUUAACACAUCGUCCACUUUCUGACUUGUCUACUCAAACAGGAAAGAAUAGUGCAUUUGUUGGGGAAUAUUUUCAGCGGUGGAUUAAUACACAGUUGGCAUUUACUGCACUUAGACCUGUUUUUUCCUUGUGUUAUUGUUGGCACAUGGCCAUAUAUUGUUGGUUUAGGCCUUUUAAAUGGGAUUUGUUGACAAUAUGAAAAAUAUAGAAUAUUAGCCUUGUCCUUUUUAAAUUGAUCCAUUAGAUAUCAGUGCGUGAUGUUACAAGCUACCUGUCAACUUUCAGUUCCCAUAUUACAUGAAUGCAACAUGACCUCUGUCAUAAAGGGAGGAACACGAUCUGCAUAUUGUUUCUACUUUAGCAGCAGCCGACAGAAGAGAUGGGUGGAAACUCUCAAUAACUAUUUUUCUUCGGACGGAUUUUUUUUUUCACCGUCAUAUAACUUGCAUGAGAGAUUUUGCCGCUGUUGCUACUUACCGCCGUCUGGAUGAAUCCGUUCUGAUGGUGUAAAUAUUCUCAUUAGUGCAUGUUGUCUUUAGACGGAGCUGUAUUUAUCGUGACCCUCUCUAAUGAAUUCUGGAUGGAAGAUGAGUUUUGAGGAAACAAAAAGUGGACAUCUUUGCAAACCCAGAUCCCUGUAGUAUUCGCUGUCUCCAGUAUUAAGUCUGUGAAGGCCUGUAAUGGUUUGUUUGGAAUGUCUUGAUUUCACGUAUUUAUUUUUUUAAUUUAAUGUUAAUCCAUUGCAAGCUGACAGCAGCACUGGUAUUUUAAGGUUCAUAAAGCCUGUGGAAUAACUGGAAACGUGUAUGUGUUUAAAGCAGUAACCACUAUUUCUUUCUCAUGUGUUUUUUAACCCUGUGUUCUCUUGCUGCUGUGCCCCUAAUGCCUCACCUACAGGACUAUCCACAGUUCCAAAGCACAAUAACAAAUUCCUCUGUCUCGUCCUGGAUUUGUUUGUGUACAAACUCUUUGCUGAUACAGGGCAGAUUUCUGGUGGAAUAGAAUUGAGAUUCCUUCGUAGACUACUGCACACUUUGCUUAAGUUACAACCCUAAACACGUCGUGUGACGAGUCGUAUUAAACCCGAGUGGAUCUGCUUAAAUGGGAAACAGCCAUGAGAGCAGUGACUGUGCAUCCUGGUCGUACCAAGAAUGCCAACGGACAACUAGUGUCAUGCCUGUGUUCUGACUGACUUCUUUGUUCUGAUAUUUAUUAUGCCUAUUUCAAUAAAAACACCCAGUGUGUUAAAGCUGUCA